GCUGUCAAUUCCAUAAAUUUUUCUCCAUUUGGAACAAAGCUUUGCAUCAGCAUCAACUGAUGGCUCUACUAUCAUCUGGGAUGUAAAGACUGGGGAUAGGCUGUGCUCCUUGCAGCAAGAUAGUGAUGCAGCUUUAAGAGUGUGUGCCUUUUCUACAAAUUCUGCACUGCUAGCCACAGGAGGUGAUGAUGAUAUGGCAUCUUUAUGGGAUGUGUCUACUUUGUCCUUGCUAAGAAACAAGCAUGCCCCUGAACAGUGCUUAUUAAGGAGAAUGAGUGGUGAUGAAUCAACAGUGACAACAGUUGGUUUCACCCCAGACAGCAGUUAUUUAGCAACAGGUAGCAGCGGAGGAGAACUGAGAAUUUGGGAUGCCCGAUUUGGUCACUCAGUCCCCAUAGCCAUCAAAUCAAAGGCCCAUGACUUAGGAGUCUGUACACUUCAUUUUAGUCCAGCUAUUGGUAAAGAAGAUAGUGUUUUGGGCAAACAGUAUCUCAUGGCAACAGGUGGACAAGACAAUGAAUUGCGUCUGUGGGUUGUGGAAGUUGGAGGGCAAAUAGUGGGUGGGAGCAACUCGCCAAUAAUUGCUCCUCAUCACACUUUAUAUGGCCAUGCAGCACCAAUUAUGUGUGUUAGAUUCAGUACAAGUGGACAUAUCCUUGCUUCUGCCUCAGGGGACAAGACUGUCAGACUUUGGGAUCCUAUAAAACUAAUUCCUCUAGGCGUACUAGAGGGUCACAAGCGUUAUGUUACCUCAUGUGCCUUCAGUGAUGAUGGAGUUUUGCUUGCAGCAGGAAGUGGUGACCGCGUUAUUCAUAUAUGGAAAGUAGAAGGUGUUACUAAUAACAUUAAUAAAGUAUCAGUAUCAUCUCAUGUGGGAAAAAGACUAUCAGCCAAGUUUCCAUCACAGAGAUAUCGUGAAAAUAUAAAGGUUAUUGAUUGGAAUUGUGAUGAUGUAUGUGGCUGGUUAACAGAGCAGGGAUUGGCAGAAUAUUCACAUAAUUUCCGUUCUCAAGCUAUUGAUGGACGGGAACUUUUAACAAUGACAGAUGAUAUUUUAGAGAAUAAACUUGGCGUUGAUGCUCUUGGUCAUCGCAACAAAAUACUUCGGUUAAUCCAGAAGUCUGGACCAGAAUCACCAGCUUCCAAGACAUCUGUAAAUGCUCCACCAAAAGAGUACCUUUGUCCAAUUACCAAAGAAUUGUUUACAGAUCCCGUCCUUUGUGCUGAUGGUUUUACAUAUGAGAGGGUAGCUUUAGAGGCUUGGCUUGCUGAUGGAAAACGAACUAGUCCAAUGACUAAUGAGAAGUUAACUCAUCUAACGCUCACUCCAAACCGCACUCUUCGAACACUAAUUCAAAGGUACAAAGAAGAGAGCAUAUGAUUUCUUUUUUUUGGUAAUUUAUUAUGUAGGGGAUGGAAGAAAAUAUAUUCCUAGGCAGGAAUGAGAAUGCAUUAAUUGUGAUAUUGUUUAAAUAUAAAAAUUCAAAGAAACAAUUGUGAUAUUUAAGACUGUUGUUGUAAAUCCACUUUAGUUACCAAUAAUUUCUUACCAAUGUGCAUUGCAAUAUUAAAAGUAAAAUGGUGAUUUCAUGAAUUAGCAUGAUUUUUAGACAAAAGUUACAGUAACUAAUUUUCUACAUGUUACCAUGACAGGCUCAGCAGAUUUUAGUAAAGAUUUUAAGUUGCCAUUGGUGACAAUUUUUCUAUGGAACAACGCCUUAAUUAAAUUAUUAAAUGUUUGUGACUCAGGAAACUACCAUUAACAGGCAGUCCCCAGUUAACGGCGGGGGUUCUGUUCCCGGCCAAGUGCCACUAGCUGAAAAUCGCAAAUAGUUAUGGUGAUAAAUGGCUUUUAUGAUGUUGUAAGUGCCAAUAAACCACUUAUCGGUAUCAGUGAACUGCUUACCGAAGGUGAUAAACCGCUUAUUGACAGCGAUAAACCGCGUACCAACUGCAAUAAACCGCUUUCCAAUGCCGAUAAACCGCUUACCGUCACCGAAAAUCUGGGUAAUGACGUCGUUAGCCAAGUGCCGUAAAACUGGAACGGUGUUAACUGACACACCAAUGAGAGAGAACUGCCUGCAUUAUUAAAAUAAGAACUCAAAUUAAAUUUUGGUAACAAAUACAUUACUGUUGGAAAUUUCCAAAUUAUUGUCUUGUAGGCUAACUUUAAAUCAAAACAUACCAACAUGAUCUUAAAAGUUUUGAAAGAGAGACACCUUAGUCAACACUAGAAAUCAUUGGCUUAGAAGAUAUAAGUGUUCUAUAUUUUGGAUCUAAGUCACUUUACUGUUAUAGCUUAUCAGUUAAUGCUUAAAUGUUUUAUUAUAUUAGCCUAAUUUUCCUUGUAAUUAUCACUUAGGAAACAAUAUUCACAAAGGAGUACAGUGGUCCCCCCGUAUUCGCGGGAAAUGCGUACCACACCCCCCCGUGAAUAGUUAGAACCCGCGAAUGUUUGGAACCCCUAUGAAAAUGCUAUAAACAGCCUAUUUUGUUAGUUAAAACUCAAGAAAAACCCACUAAAAAUGUUCAUACUUGGUUUUUUUAAUAGUUUUAUCACAAAAAGUGCAUUUUAUGAUGAAAUUCAUCAAAAAAACCAGGAAUUUGUGGAUAUUUAUCAUAGAAAAAUACCGCGAAUGCGCGAAUUUUCCGCGAAUAAUGCGGGGAAACGUUCCCCAGAGAAAUCCGCGAAUGUGUGAGUCCGCGAAUCUGGAGAACGCGAAUACGGGGGGUCCACUGUAAUGUCAAAUAUAAGAAGUUAAUCAGUUCCCUCUACAACUCUAAAACACAAAAAUUCAUGACAGGUAAAAUCUAAGGGGCUUGUCAGAAAAGCAAUAACAGUUGAUUUAAUAUGAAAAAUAUAGCAGUCUUUCCGUGAAAAUGUGUUGUUAAGUCGUUGUUGAAUUUUAUAUUUUCCUGUACGUAUCAAGGAGAGUUUGAGAAUCCUGAUGACAGGUGCAUCUUGCUUGAAGUAAUGCUCAGUAGUAAACAUGUAAGUACAUGAAUGAUCAUUUUGUCUUUAAUUGCCAAUGGUAUUAAUAACUUCUGAAAAAGGACUCUUAUUUUCAAAUUUCAGAGAUGCAUUGCAGAAUGUAGAUUUUAGUUUGCUUACAUGAAUAAUAAUAAUGCAAAAGAACAUAUUGCUUUAGUGUAGAUGUAUCAGCUGAGGCAUUGUAAUUUGAAGAUAAAACAUUUCAACCCUUUUUGUUAAAUGAUAAAAGUUUAAUAGGACCUUGACCUCAGUUUCUGUUAAUUUUCUCUUGUACUUCUGUGAUGAUGAUGGAGCUAGUGGGAAAAGUUCAGGCCAAAGGAGGGGGAGGAUAGGCAAAGACAGAUUUAUCCCAAAGGAAAACAUUAGUGCUACCAUAAAAUAUAUGAUAUUGCCACCUACUUAUUCAUUGUUAAGAAGUUAAUGCUUGUUUUAAUUAGGUUGAAGUCUUUGAUUUUUCAUGUUAAAACUAAUUAGUUGAUGCUAUCAUGUCAGUACCUGGAAGUGGAAAUCUGCACUUUCAGCAUGCUGGCAAUCACAGACUAUAUGCACAAAGUCCAUCAUGUGUCCAUAUGUGAUGAACGUAUAUUGUAGUUCCUGUGGCUUACGCUUUUUCAGAUAUCUGUAAAGAUUCUUUGAAAAGAACAAUUAACACACUGCUUGAGGUUUAGUCCAAUAAUACAAUUCUGCUAAGCACCUUACACUGCAUCAUUUUGUAAGGAGUCAUGUGAUUUCAGUAGCAAUAAGAUUGUUGUGUUACAGAAGAUACUUAAAAUUUUUAGCAUUUUUCCAUAAAGCCAGACAUAAAUGUCAUCAUUGAAUUGUUAUGAAAAUGACCAACUCUUGUUCCUCUUUGUGUCCAAGGGGUUUAGGUUGUGAUACAUGUGUGGAGAAUCUUCUCAGUGUUUUUUCAAAGAUAUAUUUCUGAUUCAAAAUAGGAUUUCAGUGCAUACAUGAGUGUUCGUUUGUUUGCUAAGGCAUGCAAAUUGUCAUGAAAUUGUAAGGCAUAAAAAAAUGGCUUAGUUGCUUUAGCAUACAACUUUAAUUUUUUUUUUAUCUUUCUUCAAAGCAAAGGCUUUCCAUAGGUUACUACAGCAGUGACAUUCAGAUAUAAACAUGAGAAGGUUCACAAAUAAAGACCCCCUAUCAAUAUAAAAUAGUUUAAAGUCAUUAAGUGUAACUGGUAUAUCCCAGGAAUUUUUCAUACCUUUUGGAGUACUUGCUUUAUUUUUGUACAGUUUGCACAGCAAAAGAAUUUGAAUGGCUUUUAUGAAGUCAGCUUUUUUAUAUUUAAGAAGUGGAAUUUUCUAGUCAGGAUUUUAGAGUGCAUGUAUAACACAGUCACAAGUCCUCAAAAUAACAUUUGGUCUUCUCUGUGUACCAUGUGCAUGAGAUGAGGUAUGAUCUGUUAAAUUUCCUUGUCAUUAAAGUCUAGUUAUAUUAUUUAAAAAGAUUUUUACACAGUGAAUGAUAGAUAAGUAUAUUUUAUUUUUGAGCCAUAAUCAAAACAUUAUUAGUUUACACUUCAGUUGACCAUUUUAUUUAAUAGUAAAGGUAAAUUAUAACUUAUGACCAACAAAUACAACUAUUAAUGUAUAAAAAUUAUAUUCUUUAAAGACUGCAUUCUGAUUAUGUUUGAUCUAAAUGCAAAUGAAGGGAAAAUUCCCUAUUGUUGCUUCCUUAAAAUUAUAGAUAAUACUAGUUGCUAAAUUGGUUUUGGUAAAGUUUUUGUAUGAAGUAAUACAGUGUCAAAAAAUUGAUUUUAUUUCAUUGCUCAUCUGGCAUUAAAAGUUUUUGCUUGUUAUCUUAAUGCUGGAUUUACAUAGCGGAAGGUGCAUUGCUAUAUGUAUGCAUUGCAUUUAUUUUACUAAUUUCCACUGACAUGUUGACAUUCCAGAACUUAUAGGAUUUCUUUUACUGUAUACUGUAUGAUGUGGCUGUAAUUUGUGAUUCAUGACUGCCAUUUUCAUAAAACUUGGCAUUGCAGGGCAGAAAUUGUCAUCAAAAGCCCAUGUUUUAUAAAUCUUGCAGAUUAGAUGAAAUUUUGCUGAGGUCUGUUGCUGCUGUGUUAACAUUUUGGGCUAAAUUAAUGCUUAUUGGGUUUGGAUUUUCUUAAUGAAAAUUGCAUUUAUAUACAGUAAAUCUUAAGCAGUGAAACUGUUAUGAGAGUGCUUUCUCUUGUGACUAACUGUUCCAGUUGUUGAUGCUAGGAUACUAUGUGGAGAAAGUCUCCGUUAACAAUCAUGUUAUGGCACAUUAUAUGGAUGGUCAUUUUGGGCAUUAUAUGGAUGGUCAUUAAACAAUUCUGGUACAAUUCUCCUUGGAAGUAAUGUACCCCAAGAGUGAUAGAAACACCUCCACUUCUAGUACUUCUCAGCAAGUUUUAAAGCACCUGGAACUAAAUGUAGCAGUUGGCCUGCCUUUAUGAUUGGUCCCAACAUGUGACAUCACAAAGAUAAAAGGCAGGGAGAGUAGACUGGCACCUCCAGGUACUCAGUUUGAGAGAUUAAAGGCAAUUUAUGGUUAAAUUAGCAGCAAAUGGCAGUUUAUACUUGUCUCAUCUUAUAAGAGGCUGUUUUGUUUCAACAUCAUGAAGGAUUAGCAUUGUAGUUUAUAGCCUUCUACUAGAAGAUCUUGAUUGCCAGAAGUGGGCUAAGUAAAAGCUCAUCUUCAUUUGUGAUUGAGAACAAAUUGGGUGGUGAAGGAUGCAGUAUUAAAGUUGUAACAACUAACUGUCUACAUCUUAGCCGUGAAUUCAGGGUAGGAAGAAGGCCCUAUAGACUAGCUGCCUUUCAAAUGGGUGAAAUUCCAGGAUAAUCCAUGAAGUUUACCUGUUUGUUUUGAGGAAGCUUGCCAAAACGAAGACCUUGAUAGUCAAAUCCAAAGGAGAUUUUUGGAAGAAGUUCAUAAGGCAGCUGUAGUAGCUCCUAGAGAGUAGGGGAAAGAUCCUAGAUCUUUUAGAACUAUGAAAAACUUCAUACGCAAAGUGAAAUGAGAUUAGUAAGAAUGCAGUUAUUUUUUUUGGAUCAGAAGCCAAUAGCUUCUUGUGCUCAUGAAGUAAGACAAAGAAAAGUGUAGUUAAUGGAAAAGUGGCAUUAACCCAGUUAAUACCCUUUUAGUCACACCAACAGGAGCAUCCUUUCCACUUACCAUGAUAGUGAUUGGCUGUUUUAUGUUUUGGAGAUCUCUUUUGCAGUUUGUGUUGUGUAACCUCCGGGUAUUAAGAUAUAGACUAUCAAGACUUCUGUGAAACGGGAGUUGUUCUAGGUUUUUUUACCCAUGCCCAUUGACUGCAGAACUAUCUUAUUACAAGAGAAAAUAGAUCCUACUGAUCAGCCAUCUUUGAAUUCAACAAAGCAUGAAAGGCAUCCAGGGUGCUGUAUAUGUGCAACAUUGCAUCUGUCCUUCAAGUUGCCGGGUAUGGUUGAACUAAACAAUAAACUAGAAGCUUGUUUUUUUUAUGAAUGUCAAACAGGUAUGAAUGUCAAACAGGUUUAUCAGCAGCCUGCCUACAGUUGCCAGAGAGCCUUAAAUACCUCAUAGUUUUUGACAACUCUGUUAGAAAAACCUGCCCACUCUGCUUGCUCUGUCUGCCAUCACUUUGUGCCUUUCAUGGAUGAUCCUUGGCUUGAUUUUUGUUAUCUCUUCAGCCAAUACAAAGAUUUCAACACUUGUAUGAUAUAGGUUUUGCCUUCUUGGCUUUGCAGACAUGCAUUUUACAUUAUAAAAUUCCUGUAGGCAAACAUUUUUUUUUCAGAGCUUUUAAAUGACAUACAAUGAACUUGUUUUUUGCCUUCAUAACUUAACAGAUAUCAGUUUCUCUUUCGUUGUAAUUUUUUACAAGAAUUAUUGCCCUAGUGCAACUUUUAUAUUUCAUAUGAAUUCUUUAAACAAAAUUUGUCCCCUCUUCAUUCAAAGAUCAGUUCCUCAAUGAAUGAGUGAGUUGCAUGCUCGCCUAUCAAUCUGGUAGCCCGAGUUCACUUCCCGCUCCUGCCAGUGAGGAACCAGAGGAAUUUAUUUCUGGUGAUUAGAAAUUCAUUACUCAAUAUAAUGUGGUUCAGAUCCCACAAUGAGUUGUAGGUCCCGUCGUUAAGUAACCAAUUGGUUCUUAGUCACGUAAAUUAAAAUCUAAUCCUUCUGGCCUGCCCUAGGAGAGCUGUUUAUUUUUGGUAAUAUUUUCUAUAUUAAAGUACAGAAAUUUUGCAUUUCAUCUGAAUUCAGUCCAUGUUCUUAAACCAAUUAUUAUUAGGUAGUUGUAGGAUACUUGAUUAUUAUGGUUUUAUUGUAUGAUACUGCAAUAAAUAAGAUUGAGUAUCCUAGCAUGAAAAGUAACUGUACACAGGCAGUUCACAGAGAAAUGUCAAGUGCAAACACAAUCAGUGAGAGAUGGGUGAAUCAUGGUUGGGGUGUUAUAUACCAAAAAAUAUAUGUACAAUAUAUAGUUUUAUUUAUAGUGGUGGGAUUGAGAAAAUAGGAAACCCAACCAUGGUCAGCACACUGAAAAAUACUAUGGUAAGCUUAGUGGUGCCAUUAAGGGUUUCAUCAUUCACAUAUCAUUGUUUUUUAUAAUCUUCAUAAUAUUGAAAUAGGGUAAAAAAGCAGAACAGUAUUUUGUGAUAUAUUAAGGGGGCAGGGUAAAAGGCAGCAUAGGGAUAAAUGCUAAUAAAGCAACAGAUCUGUAUAAAAAGGUUGAGUCAAUAUACCAUUGGUAGAAGACACACUAUCAUGUCAGUUGAGCAGUUUACUUACUUCAGUGAUUAUCUCACUGAUGCAUCACCGUAAACACAGGGAGUGCCUAGCACAUGGGCUUCCUUCUUGUUUUUCAGAAAACAUUGGCAAAAGUUCAUGGUGCUCGGUGCUAAACUUUACAGAUAAGAUAGACACCAAUAUAUGUAUUACAUUAGUACUUUACUUGGAUUAGGUCUAUAAAUAAUGAACUUUAUGCAUUGCAAAGUUUACCUGCCAUUGUUAGUGUGGUUGUCACUUGAAUGAUGCAUGUAAUUGUCCAGUUUGUAAGUUAUAAGCAUUACAACAUUGCUCACAUAUUUGAAACAAGUAUUGUAUUUUAUAGUUAGUGUGAGUUCCUAAAUAUACUGUAUGGUGUCAUAAAAAAAGAAGUUACAUAUUGUAUUUGAGAAUCUGAUUCAUUCUAUACGAUAUUUAAUUGUUUUUUCAAUGAUAAAUACAGGUGGUCCCCAGUUAUCAGCAGGGUUUCUGUUCCUGACCGCGCUAUAAAGCGAAACAUGAAGGUCUAAGGGAGUAAAACAUUCUUGUGGCGCUUAUGGCGGCAAUAAGCGGUUAUAGGUGCCAUAAGUGUCUCAGGGCCAUAAGUAUGUUUUACACCCUUAGACAUUCAUGCUUCACUUAAUGGCGAUUUUUGCUUUAUGGUGUGCCAUAGCGGACGGGUGGUGUGGCGCCAUAAGAAACCUUAUUUUUUAAUGAAUAUUUUCGAAAACCGUCAUAGAGCAAAGCAGCUGAUAAGCAGGGACCAUCUGUAAUUUACAUUUUCUUUUUGUAUCUAAUUUAUAAAUAUUGUUGCCUUUGUAGAAUAUUGUACUAUAAGUUUUGAAUAUUUAUCAUCUCAUGAUUGGUUAAUUUACAUCUCAAAGGAAAGGUACUGGAACAUUUGUACUUUAAUAAAGAAAAGAUUUUCUUCAUUAUACAAUUUAUUGCCAAUAAUCUAAUGCUAAAAAUUUGGUAAGACGUAUAGUAAUUUUAUCCACUUACACCAUUAUGUAAAACAACUCAUGAUUAAAGAUGGCAGACUGCGAAAAUAAUCGGUAAACUAAUCAUGAAUCUGGACUUUAUUUAACCUUAGUAGGUUCAUUUACCUAAGGUCAAGUUGUGUUUGUUGUAUUUAUUUAAUUAAUGGUAGCUUAAUUUCCUUUGAGAUUUAUGUGCUGUGUAUAUAAUUAAAUUCUAUUGAUUAUUGUAUGAUUGUUCACCGAAUCUUAAAGAGGAAGGCUGCAUAGCUCGUUUGUCCUCUAUGAUGAUUAUGAUGUUUUUGUUAGGACUCAUUAACGGUUGUGUUAUCUUUGGUAUUUUGAGAAAAAAAAUUUUAUCUGUACGUAUAGCAGAGUAGGUACUUUGACUUCAAUCUUAACAAUUUUACUUCUAAAUCCGACAAGACUAGAGAUAAUCAACACUCACUAUAGCAUAUGUGUGUGUUUUUUUGUUUUUUUUAGUAUACAUUCCCUGUAGAAAACAUUGAUUUUCUUGUGAGAAGUUGACUUCAUAAAAUGUAUUUCCAAGAAGUAAGAGUUGGACAUGAAAUAGGAUGGUUCCUUUCCUUGAAAAGACAUAUGGAUCAUGGAAUCUUAAGUACUAAUACAUUAUCAUGAAGUAGCCUGUAAGCCAAGUAGUUCAUAACGAAAUUUUGAAAUGCUCUAAAUGACCCUUUUAGAAUAUUUGAAAUUUGUCCGGUUUUGUAGAUGUUACUGCUGUUGUAAAGAAGUUUCCCAUAAAUAUGUCAGUUUGUUUAUGCAACAAAUAUACACAUACACAUUAGACUUGCCUUAUUUGGUUAGUAGAAGUAGAUAAUUUUUAUUUCAGAAAAUUACUUUUUAUCUUUUCAUUACUUGUAAAUUAGAAUCCUAACUACAAAAAAAAAAUUAAAUUGAUUACAUAGUCCUGAUACUCUACACAAUUUUGUUAAACAUUAGUGAACAUCUUGUACAGUAACUUAUUAAGGGAUAAGAUAAGCAAUUGUAAAUUACAAAAACAAUUAGGAAUUUCAUUCACUGAUCUAAAUUCUUAUUAGAGUUAUAUGUAUUUUUCUGUUUAUAAUGGUACUUUUUGCAUUUAAAAUAUUAAUUUGUAUAUUGUAUAGUGCUGUUAUGUAGCUGAAUAAUACCAGUGAUAAGGUGAAGCUCUAGUCAUGCUAUAAGAUCUACAAUAACUUUGCAGAGUGCCUUGUAUUCAUAGCUACUUCCUUUGCAUUCAAUAUGGAUAAGUAGUCUUAAGUUUAUAUGUGCAACAUAGAUAUUUUCCUUUUUUAUAUUUAUUUAUUGAAAUAUUGAUAUAAGCAUGCAGGUCUUACUGCCCUAUAUUACCUCUACAGAUUGUUUAGAUGAGCCAUCUUGUAAUAACUCAACCCAUACUACAUAAAAAAUAACUGCCCAUAUAUUUCCUUAAAUUCAAUUUCUUGUGAAACUUAAGUUCCUUUUUUGUCAAGGAUUUUUCUGUCUUUUCAAGGUUUCAGAUUAAUUUCAAAAUUAAUAUUGUUCUACCUUGUCUAUGCAAUCAACUGCUAGUAUAAUUACUGGUAUUUACCUCAAGUAGUUUCAAGAAAGAACUUUGGCAGUGAGUAGGGAAUGCUCUCAGGCACCUCAGUUUUUAUGGUUUAAUUUCAUGAGGAGAAAGAGUAAGAUUGAGCUGGAAGAUUUACCCUCAUGAGAGUUUCAAGAUUUUAAACACUAAAUAUUGAAGUUAACCCUAAUUAAACUUUAUUCUGGGCAGUUGUAAAAAUAAAAUGUAUAUUGGAACCAUAUCAUCAACUCUGUAUUAAUAUCUUGGAUUUAGUGCUGUUGAAACUUCCCAUCAACAUGACCUGCAUUGUAGUUUUCUUCAUUAGUAUUGUUCAAUUCAUUAUUGCUAAUAUGUUGUUAACAACUGACUGAUUUUUUUACCCUGUAAAAUUUGAUGUAUUAUGUUUGAAAACAAAUCACAAAACUUGUAGUCCUUGUAUUUUUCAUAGAUCUAUUUGACUACCUUGGAAGAUGGUGUAUAUGUGUGAAUUGCUAUAUUCUUAAGUUAUACACUAUUGUUAGCUUUAUUUAUAAAACUGACUAAUUGAAAUGAGAAUGUAGUUGAUGUGUAUAUGUACUGGAAUACAUUUUGCACUUUUCAUACACAAUAUUGAGAAGUAA